UCUGUACUUCCGACUUUUCAAUGUCAAUUUUAAGUAGCUAGCUACAUAGGUAUAUACUAAUCUGUGAUUUUAAGUCAACUUGUGCAUGAUCUUCCACGACAAUUCUGGAACGAGAUUUAUUUUUUAUUUUAUCUACGGAUGUUAACGUCUUUACGAAGGCGUUAUUUCUCCGUUGAGAGUUUGAUUUAUGUUUAAAACUUAAAUUUAUAGACAUAAUAUAGUUACUAUUGUAAUACCUAAAUAGUAUAACAUAACCAUGCCUCCGAAAAAAGCUGGUAACUCUGCCAGCAAAAAGACUGAGCAGAAGAAAAAGGAGAAAGUAAUAGAGGACAAAACUUUUGGAUUGAAGAAUAAAAAGGGUGCAAAGCAGCAAAAGUUUAUCCAGCAAGUGGAGAAGCAGGUCAAAAGUGGGGGAAUACACCCGGCAAAGCCUAUGGAAGACAAGAAAAAAGAGAAAGAGAAUAAAUUAAAAGAACAGAAGGAAUUAGCUCUGCUGUUUAAACCUGUUCAGACACAGAAAGUUGAAAAAGGAAUCGAUCCGAAAUCUGUCGUGUGUGCUUUCUUCAAACAAGGACAGUGUACGAAGGGGGACAGGUGCAAAUUUUCCCAUGACUUGACUAUUGAAAGAAAGGCAGAAAAGAGGUCCUUAUACGUUGAUAUGAGAGAUGACGACGAUGAUAAUAUGGACAAUUGGGAUGAAGAUAAAUUAAAAGAGGUCGUUGAGAAGAAACACGGAGAAGGCAACAAACAACGGCCUUCGACUGAUAUUAUCUGCAAAUAUUUCAUAGAAGCAGUCGAAAAGUCAAAGUAUGGUUGGUUUUGGGAAUGUCCCGCGGGUACUAAAUGUAUAUACAGACACGCUCUGCCACCUGGCUUCGUUCUAAAACGGGAUAAGAAGAAAUUGGAAGAGAAGAAAAACGAAAUAUCACUUGUCGAUUUAAUAGAAAAAGAACGAGCAGCAUUAGGACCGAAUCAAACUAAAAUUACAUUAGAAACCUUCCUUGCCUGGAAAAAGAAGAAAAUCAAAGAAAAACAGGAUGCUUUCACUAAGGCAGAGGAGCAGAAGAGGAACGAUUUCAAAGCUGGCCGAGCCGUCGGUCUAUCCGGCAGAGAAAUGUUCUCAUUCGACCCCGCAUUGGCAGCUGAUGCUGAUGAUGAUGAUGAGACCUUCGACCUCCGCAACUAUGAUGAGGAUGAAGAACGGGAUACAACUGAGUAUCGUGAUAUACAGCUGGAACUACUCAGCAUGGAGGCAUCCGAGGUGGAUGACUCAGGGACUAAAGCUACAGAAGAUAGAUUGCAUCAGCUUAAUCUACAAAAUGGUGAGAAGGAGACCGAUCAAACGGCUCCAGACUCCGUCCCCAUCAACGAGAACCUGUUCCUUGAUGAAGACCUGGAUGAGGAACUACAGAACUUAGACUUGGAAGAUUGAUUUACAUGCAAAAUAAGUUUAAAUAUUGAACUAUCUCUAAAUGCAAAAUAUGUAAAGAUAAAAAAUAGUUGCACAUUUUUUUAAAGAUGUGAUAUUGAAAAGAGGUUAUAUAGUUAUCGUUGUGAAGUAUUUUUUGAAAUUAAUGAAGCGUCGGGUCAUGUUUGAUAAUUAUCAUACAUAAUAUUAAAAGUAAAAUUUUCAAACAUAUUAACGUA